AUGACGCUGUUUAGAAGCUGGCGCGGUUUGGGCGGGCUGAGGAAAACAGUAGACGCCAACCUCAUCAAACGAACGAAAUUUACAUCCAACACCUUUUCCUUUUUCCAGUCAGAGUUAACAGAAGCACAAGAGCAACAACUUCAACGGCUGCAUGGUCUCCCUAUUAUACAUCAUAAGGAAUAUGUCUGUCCGCUUCCAGAGGAUCACAGGUUCCCAAUGCAAAAAUUUCAUUGAGUUCUUCAUUUUUUAGAGAGUGAUGGAAUCAUUGACAAGAAAAAACAGGUAGUUGAACCAGAGAAAAUAUCAGCAAGUAGUGCUCAAAGUGUGCACACAGCUGAGUAUGUUGAUAAGUUUUUCAAUGGUAAAACUACAGGAGAAGAACAAAGAGUGACUGGAUUUGAAUGGACACCAGGCCUAGCAAGUAGGGUCAGGUAUGAAACAGGUGGAACCUUACUUGCAGCUGAAAUUGCACUUGCGAGAGGAUUAGCCUGUAGCACUGCUGGAGGUACACAUCAUGCAUUUCCUGAUCAUGGUUCUGGAUUUUGCUUAAUAAACGACCUUGCUGUAACUGCUCAAACACUCAUAGAUUCUGGAAAAAUAAGUAGAGUUCUGAUUGUUGAUUUGGAUGUGCAUCAGGGCGAUGGAACAGCAUUCAUUUUCAAAAACAAUGACAAUGUCUACACAUUUUCAAUGCACUGCCAACAGAAUUUUCCUUUUAGAAAACAGCAAUCAGAUCUGGACGUCAACUUAAACAAAGGAGAUGGAGACCUUGAAUACAUGAAACUUUUGCAAGAACACCUGCCAUUUGUGCUGAAAUCAUUUCAACCUGACCUGGUUCUCUAUGAUGCUGGAGUGGACCCUCAUGCAGCUGACAGUUUAGGGUACCUGAGGAUGACAGAUAUUGGUCUAAUGAAGAGAGAUCGCUAUGUUUUAGAACUAGUUCUAAAAAACGGCAUCCCUUGUGCUGCUGUAAUUGGUGGGGGUUAUGAUAAAAUUUUGGAUGAACUUGCAAGAAGACAUACAAUAAUACACAGAGCAGCAACACAUGUGUUUAAGGCAAGACGACUGUGAUGUGCAAACAUUUGCGAAGUUUAAAUAACUUUGAAAUUAUGGCAAAUGACAAUAUUUUUCAAAUAAAUAUUAAUUAAUUAAAACAUUAAAACUAUCAGUUAAGUGCUUUGAA